UAUGUAUGCAUAAUUAUGCAAAGACAUAGCAACAAAUAUAUUCAGUGGUUGUCAAACAACCCCACGACCUGUGCAAGUGCAUCAUCAUAAGCCCAUGGCCCGCUUUUCACCUGUGUGCCCAUUCCGAUUGAAAAUUGAUUUGUACUGGGCCUCCGGCUGCGGGUAUGCGAACGGGAGAACAGAAAAGCAGAGCUGAAUGACAAUGGCCGGCCACCAAAUGCAGAUGCAAUCCUUUCAUACGCGCUGCGGCCGCUCCAUCAGAUUGUACAAUGGCAACCGUUCGGCGCAGCGCUCGAUGCGAGAUUUCAGCCAUGCUCUGGUCUUCAGUGCCGAGCCACUGGAGGACGAUGUCCUCUUUGAAGUGGUCAUUGAGAAGAAGAACACUUCUUGGGGCGGCAGCAUCGAGAUUGGAGUUACAGCCGAAUCUCCCGACAAUCUCGAGCUGGUGGCCUGCGCCACAGCCAUGAGAAACGGCACCUGGGUCAUGUCCGGCAUCGAUGUCCGCAAGGAUGGUCGCCGGCUGUUUGAAUUCUAUGGCACGGACCUGGAAACUCUCAACGAGAGCGAUCGCGUGGGUGUUAUGCGCACCUCCAGCAAUGAUCUCGUAUUUUAUGUGAACGGUGAAUCUCAAGGCGUGGCCGCCAAGAACAUGCCCAAGCCCCUCUGGGCCCUCGUCGAUCUCUAUGGGCGUUGUGUACAGGUUUCAUUGUGUCCCCGCGAUGCCCACGGAUCAGGAGAGCUACUGGACUCCCCAUUGCAGCAACCGCUGCAGCAGGUUGUGCAGAAUCUGGAUGUGGCCAUGAACGUAGACGUCAGUGUGGAUGGCACCAAUAUGACGGCCCUGGCCAUGCUCAAUCUGAAUGGGGGUGCUACUUCGGGAUCCGACUACUAUGAUGUCAACGAUCGCCUUCGUUUCCACACCCGAUGUGGAUCGCUGGUCAAGCUUUCGCCCAACUUUCGUUCCGCGGAGCGCCGUCGUCCCCUGGACGAGUUCAACAAUGGCGUGGUGAUGACACACCGUCCGCUGCGGGACAACGAACUCUUUGAGAUACGCAUCGACAAGCUUGUGGACAAGUGGUCGGGCUCCAUAGAGGUGGGCGUGACCACCCAUAAUCCCACGGUGCUGCACUUCCCGGCCACCAUGACGAACAUGCGAUCGGGCACCAUCAUGAUGUCCGGCUGUGGCAUUCUCACCAACGGCAAGGGCACUCGUCGCCAGUACGGGGAGUUCAACCUGGACGAGCUGCGCGAGGGCGAUCGCGUGGGGAUGAUGCGCAAGGCCAAUGGCAACCUGCACUACUACAUCAAUGGCCAGGAUCAGGGCGUGGCUGCCACGCGAGUGGCCUCCACUUUGUGGGGCGUCAUCGAUCUGUAUGGCAUGACCAUCAAGGUGACCAUUGUCGAUCGCGAUGAGCGCGAGCAGCAAAACCUCGUCACCAGGCGCAACAACAUCGUGGCCGGCAUGAGCUCCUGCUCUGGCAGCAGCACUCUUCAGCAGCAGCAGCAGCUCCAGCAGCAAUCAUCGGGCACUCCCACUCUGAGUCUGCUCAGUCCGGAGAGUGAAAUGAUUGUGGCUGGGGCCGCUGGUGGGCUGAGCGAGACCAUAUCGAGCUCACGGGCCAUUGCCCGGAACGAUGACCGCCUGACAUUCCAUCACAUAUGCGGCACUCAUGCCACAGUCACUCAGAGCGGCCGCACAGCUCUGCGUCCCAAUGCCGCUGAUGACUUCAACAAUGGAGUGGUCCUCACGCGACGUCCGUUGCGGCCGAACGAACUCUUUCAGGUGCGUCUCGAGCGUGUAGUCACCAAGUGGGCUGGGUCUGUGGAAAUGGGCGUGACCACGCACACCGCCGACGAGCUGGACUUUCCCUUUACCAUGACCAAUGUUCGAUCCGGCACGUGGAUGAUGACUGGCAAUGGGGUCAUGCAGAAUGGAGUUACUGUAAUCGAGCAAUAUGGCCAGAAUCUGGACCGCCUGCAGGUGGGCGAUCGCGUGGGCGUGGUGCGCAAGGACGAUGGCACUUUGCACUUUUGGGUGAACGGCGUGGACCAGGGGCCUGCCGCCAGCAAUGUCCCCGAGCGUGUUUACGGGGUAAUCGAUCUGUACGGCCAGGCGGCCCAGGCGAGCAUUGUGGACACCUCGGAGUGCGGCAGCCCGGACACGGGCAACUCGACCAUCUCGAACACGACGCUGUACAGCGAGGUGCCCCUGCGCUUCCACAGCAUUCAUGGCGCGAAUGCGGGCAUCUCGAACAGCGGCCUGACCGCCUCGCGCCCCAAUUCGCUGGCCGAGUUCAAUGAUGCGAUUGUGUUCAGCAAUCGGCCGCUGCGGCAGCGCGAGCUCUUCGAAGUGGAGCUGGAGACGAUGGUGCGGCAUUGGUCGGGCAACAUAGAGAUUGGGGUGACGGGCACGCGCCCGGAGGACAUCCAACUGGCGCCUAAUGCCACCGAUCUGGAGGCCAACGAUACGAUCAUCCUGUGCGGGCCCAUGAUCUUUCACAAUCGCAAGACAAUACGCACGAAUAUCCUCCUGGAUCUGGACACCCUGGGACCCAGCACCCGGGUGGGCGUGAUGCGCAACGGGGACUUUAUCCACUUCUUUGUGGAUGGCAUGGACCAGGGCCCGGCCUGCGAGUGCCAUGCCCCCAACAUCUGGGCCAUCAUCGACCUGUACGGGCAGUGUGCGCAGGUCAGUCUGACACAGAACCAGCUGGACAUCCGUGCCCCGUAUGCCACCAGUGAGAAUUCGCAGAGCUGCCAGGCCACCUCGGUUAUUCAGCACCCCGCCAUGGAGACGAAGCACCGCUGGACCUGUGUCUCCGGCAACGUGAGCCUGACCAAGGACUGGACCGAGGCUUCCCGUUUCACUGGCUCCACGGCCGCCCUUUCCCACUGCCUGGUCUUUUCCGAGCAUCCGCUGAGCGUGGGCUCGCCCUUUGAGAUCAAGCUGACGUCCAUUAAUCCCAUUUUUGCGGGCUGCCUCAGCAUUGGGGUCACGGAUCUGAACCUCAGCGAUGAGAGCGUGCGCAAGAAGCUGCCCACGAGCCUGAAGCGCAUUCCGGCCAACGUUUGGUAUGUGACUGGGAACGAGGUUAGCUUCAACUCGAGCUGCCUGCAGCGGUCGCUGGCCUCGCUCGAGUGGCUGCGUGUGGACGAUCGCAUCACGCUGGAGCGCGUCGAGAACUCCUCCUUGAACAUGCUGCUCAACUCGGAGAACGUGAACAUACAAUUCCAGAACAUACCCAACGAUGUGUACGUGGUGGCCGAGCUGCGUGGCUCGACAAUGGGGGUCCAGGUGAUCUCCGCCCAGGGGCCGGCCUCUCCACUGCGGCCCUGCAGUCUGCGGCUGCAGGACUCGAUGGACUUUGGCAUCGACCCGCUCAAUAAGCAGGACAGCUCCAUGCUCGAGUCGAUCGACUCUGAGGCUCAGAACUACGAGUUCGUGGACAUAACUCAGAAGAAUGCGCGUCUCAGCGAGGAUCGUCGCAGUGCGGCGAGAUCAAAGUCUUACAAUCAGGCCAUGGUGUGCCUGAACAAGCCACUGUGCAAGGGCGAUAGCAUCAGCAUCAAGGUGGAUGCCCUGAACAACAAGUGGAAGGGCACCCUGGGACUGGGCGUGCUCUCGGCCUGCCCCUCCACCCUGCCCAUCUCCCUGCUGGACUUCAAGCGCAGCUGCUGGCUGGCCACCCACGACUAUGUGAACAUCAAUGGCCAGGUGCUAGCCUCCAAGUACGGCGAGGCUCUGGACCAAAUCCAAGUGGGAACAGUCAUCACAUUGACCCUCACCCAUGCGGGAAUGUUGAUCAUUAUGGUUGGGUCAACGAACCUGGAGGAUUUGGCCAGCGGUUUGCCCAAUCAUGUGUAUCCCGUGUUUGAUGUGUAUGGAAAAUGCGAGAAGAUCACCUUGAUAACGGGAAGCGAUGCCGCGCGCAAUGGCAACGCCAAUGGCACCCCCAUACUGGAGGCACCCGAGGCCCUGGAGCUGGACAAUGCUGGCAUGCCGCAGCAGUGCGAGAAGGCGCACCUGGAGAUGCACGAAAAGGAGAAGGAUACGGAGCAGAUGAGCGAAUCUGCCCGAGAUGGUCCGUCCACAUCGGCUGCUCCCUCGAAUGCCAUGACACGUUCGGUUAUGGAGAGCGUAUCCGAGAAUCUACUUCUGAACAUUUCCAUCAAGAAUCGCACUUUGGAGCAGCAGAGAAACGAAAUGGGUGGAUCCUCAUCGACUUGCUGCCUGCGCGAGUCUCUUCAGCUCCAGCACAACACCAACUUGAAUAUUCAACGCAGUCAGAGCACUCAACGCUUUCAGAACUCACUGAAUAGCUCCACGACCGCAGCAACAGCAGGCAGUGGGGGGGCCAGUGGCUCCGCGGGCAAUGCCCAGCACCUGAGCAACUCAAGUGUGUACGAUACCAAUAAGGAGUACGACGAGCUGCCGAAUCCCGCCUUGACGAAUUCGACCUCUGUCGAUGAAGGGUCGACAGCGGCGGUAGCGACGACAUCAACAACGUCGGCCACAGAGCAGAGCGAGAACAAUGCCGAGGCGGUGGAAAUAGUCGGCAGCCAUGAGAGGGAACUGAGAGAACUGUCGGGGGAGCCAGCGGGAUCAAUCGAUAAUGUGUUGGAAGACGACGAGAUUGACUACAUGAACCAUUUGUUGUUGCUGCAACAGUUGCAACAGAACGAGUACACGCGCCACCACCUGAUGCCGGAUCAGACAUCGCUGUUGAACUUGGAUCUGAAUCUGCCUUCCCUCAAUUCGCUAGAGUCGGAUACGAACUCGUCCGCCCAACUUCGAGCCGAGUCUCUGCGCUCCGCAAACGCAGCGAGCCUGGAGCAGAACGAUUGCGAGUAUCUGCGGCAGGUGAGGCGCUUCUGUGCCUCGCUGGUGCUGCCGCAGGCCUUUUUCGACAGCCGCCUGGAGCCGAUUUGCUUUUGUCUGAAGUGCAGUGGACCCAGCAAUGGGAACGGCGACAAACUGGAGGGCUGGGUCUACUUCAAGCUCAACCAGCAGACGGUGAACGUAUUGAGCACCUCCGUGACAGCAGCUUCGGCGAGCGGCGGCUCUUCGUCGACAGCCGCCCAGGUUCAUUUCGAUCUCAACGGGGACUGGCUGCCAUUCUAUUACAUGACGCGAGUGGACAAGAUACGGGCCAUCUUGGAUCGCGGCCAACCGCUGCCGCUGGAAACAGAUGCCGACGAGGAAACGGCCGCUGCAGCAGCUGCGGGCACGCACAAGGAUGAGCCGGGCACACGGCUGGAGCUGUACUACUCCCCCAACGCCACGGUCAUUGAGCCCGUGCUGCCGCAGCACCACUAUGUGUCCGAGCAGGGACUGCACCGCAUUUCCACCUCCUUCGAAGUAUAUGUCCGUCGCCAGUCCAUUUCUGGAGUGACCACCGGCAGGGCGGCGGCCGAGGCCAAGCGUCGCAGCAUGGGCUCUGCCGAUCACGAGUCAGGAUCGGGUUCGGUCCAGGGCCAAGCCCACGAUAGCGGCGCCUCGCCACCUGCCCCCAGCGAAUCGUCGGUGCAUCUGCUAAACGAUCUCUGCUGGUUCACCAAAGAGGCUGGUGCCUGCAUAAUCAACGCUUUGAUAAUUAAAUUGGAUCGAAUCGAAGAGCAGGAGCACUGAGCACGAGCUCUCCACACACUAGUCAUAGCCGACUUGCAUAUAUGUAUGCCUAAUUCCUAUUAGAUACUAUCCAUUGUAUUCACGCCAAGCUUCGAACACCAAACCGCAUUCGCAUUCCUCUUUGUAAACGAGUUUUUAUCGUCUUGUAAGCGCCAAUAAAGUUAAUAGCAAAGUUAA